ACCAAUUUUCCUCUGUCAAAAACCUCUCUCACAACCCCAAAAAAACAGAGCAUUUAACACUAUACACACCCACACACACACAUCCAAAUCUAUACAUACAAUCUAUAGUUACAUAUCAAAAGAUAAACACCCACCUCCCUAAUAAACAAAACACAAAAAACAGAGGAAUCUCAUACCCUUUAAUCUUUCCCCACUUCACCAUGAACCAUUCUUAGAUCUGCCCCAAAACCCUAAAAAAUAUAUAUUUUUUCCAAGAAAAUGAGUGAAGAAGUAUUUCCAUGGCUAAAGUCUUUACCUUUAGCCCCAGAAUACCAUCCAACUUUAUCAGAAUUUCAAGAUCCAAUAUCAUAUAUUUUUAAAAUUGAAGAAGAAGCUUCAAAAUAUGGUAUUUGUAAAAUCAUACCCCCUGUUUCCUCUGCCCCUAAAAAAAACAUAAUUAAUAACUUAAACAGAUCUUUAUCGGCCCGAAACCCGGAUUCUUUACCCACAUUUACCACUAGGCAGCAGCAGAUUGGGUUCUGUCCACGUAAGCAUCAUUACCCAGUUCAGAAACCAGUUUGGCAGAGUGGUGAAGUGUAUAAUGUGUCGCAAUUUGAGGCGAAAGCGAAGGCUUUUGAGAAAUGUUACUUGAAAAAGGUAUCUGGGUCAACUGGCCCGGGAGUUGGCCCGGGUGGGAAUUUGAAGAAAGGGUCAGUGGGUUUGGAAGUUGAGACCAUGUACUGGAAAGCCCAGGUGGAUAAACCGAUAACGGUUGAGUAUGCGAACGAUAUGCCCGGAUCAGCAUUUGAUCGAAAAAGUGGAAAUGGGUCAGGGAAAAAGUUGGGUAAAAAGGACAAUGUGGGUGAAGGGUUAAGUGUAGGGGAUACAGAGUGGAAUAUGAGGACGGUUUCUAGGUCGAAAGGGAGUUUGUUGAAGUUUAUGAAAGAGGAAAUACCUGGUGUGACUUCACCUAUGGUUUAUUUAAGUAUGUUGUUUAGUUGGUUUGCUUGGCAUGUUGAGGAUCAUGAUUUUCAUAGUUUGAAUUAUAUGCAUAUGGGUGCUGGGAAAACUUGGUAUGGUGUACCUAAAGAUGCCGCGGUUGCGUUUGAGGAUGUGAUUCGGAAUCAUGGUUAUGGUGGUGAGAUUAAUCCUAUUGUUAAUUUUGCAACUCUUGGCGAGAAGACAACAAUAAUAUCCCCAGAAGUAUUAGUAAAGGCUGGGGUUCCUUGCUGCAGAUUAGUUCAAAAUACUGGAGAAUUUGUUGUUACUUUCCCAAGAGCUUAUCACUCAGGGUUCAGUCAUGGUUUCAACAUUGGGGAAGCAGCUAAUAUCGCAACCCCUGGCUGGUUGGCAGUUGCACGAGAUGCUGCAAUUCGUAGGGCUUCGAUUAAUGUUGCUCCCAUGGUGUCUCAUUGUCAAUUGCUUUAUGAUCUAGCAGUAUCAUUCUCUUCAAGUGUACCAACAAGCGUUAAACCCGAACCACGGAGUUCACGGCUAAAAGAUAAGCUGAAAGUUGAGGGUGAAGGAUUGGUAAAGAGGAGUUUUCUGCUAGACAUUAUGCAAAACAAUCAACUUCUUCAUAUUCUUGGGAAAGGAUCGGCUAUUCUGGUUCUUCCCGAAGAAUUUAUCGACAGGCGGAUUCCUUUGAAGUCCGCACAAUCAGAUUCUGAUGACGCAGUUCUAGACAAAAAAACCAUGAGGAAAUUUUCCUCAUCUCGUAAUAAUGUGCCGUCAUUGAAAAAUAAUGGCAUUGAAGGGAAAUACAAGGGUGGUGAGUGUGAUAAAAUGGCUGAUUAUGGUAUAUUCUCUUGUGUUACUUGUGGCAUUUUGUGCUACGCAUGUGUUGCAAUCAUUCAACCAACAGAAGCAGCUGCAAACUACCUCAUGUCUGCUGAUUGUAAUGGCAUUAAUGAUCUGGUUGCUGCCACAGAUUCCUUUGCUGGCAAGAAAAUUGCGAGUGUCGUGGAUCCCAAAUCCUCUUUAGGGAAAAUGCCAAAGAAAACUCGUGGUGGUUUGCCUGAUGGUCCGUCAAAGUCUACCGACCAAGUACAAACCAUAGAUAAGUUGGCUAUCACUUUAUCUAAUGUUAACCAGAAAGCAGACUCUUCACUUGGCCUCUUGGCUUUAGCUUAUGGUGAUUCUUCAGAUUCCGAUGAUGAUCAUGAUCAUGCAAGAGCUGAUAUAAAAGUUGAAGAUUGCCAAAUUUUUAAUAGCUCUGAUGAACUUCAACAUAAUGGAAGUUUUAAGGACUUGAAUUGUUCUAGGGGUGGAUCUGAAUAUGAGAUAGAGUUGUCAUGUGAUGAACAAAAUCGCUUAUUAGAUACACACAAGUCUGGGAAGGGUAUAUUCCAAGUUGAGAGCUUGUCUAUGAACAUGCCAUGUGAUGAAGAUUCUUCUAGAAUGCACAUAUUCUGUCUUGAGCAUGCUGUAGAAGUAGAAAAACUCCUCCGACCCGUUGGCGGUGUUAAUAUGCUACUCCUUUGUCAUCAAGAUUAUUCAUUCUUAAAUUUUGAAGCAAAAUUAGUGGCAAAAGAAUUAGGAACAGAUCAUAGCUGGACUGAUCUUGAAUUCAGGGAAGGUAACGAAGAAGACAAAAUAUGGAUACAAUCAGCUCUUGAUACUGAAGAAGUCAACCAUGGCAACCGGGAUUGGGCUGUAAAAUUAGGAGUCAAUCUCUUUUACAGUGCUAGCCUUAGCCGAUCCCCUCUUUACAGCAAACAAAUGCCAUAUAAUCAAAUGAUAUAUAAUGCAUUUGGACAUAUUUCUUCUAGUGGGUCGAUAAAACCUAAACCUUGGGGCAGGCAGAAAAAGAUUGUUGUAGCGGGUAAAUGGUGCGGGAAAGUAUGGAUGGCGAAUCAAACUCAUCCUUUGUUGGUGGAAAGGGAUCUCGAAGUACAAGAUGAGACUGGUGGUGCCGUUAUGUCACUGGUUAAUGUAAAACAGGAAAGGCAUUAUGAAAUUGAAACAACCCAAGUGGUUGUUAGCAAGAGUUCCAGGAAAAGGAAGAACAUUAGGGUAGAAAGUAGGCAAAUGAGUGUAAAGACUAAGUUUCCGAAAGUAGAGCCAUCCCCGUCACCUUCACCUCCACCAUCAGAGGAUGAUUUGCCGUCAUUGAGCGAUGGGUUAAGACAACAGCCUAGGACCAACUUUAAAAAUAAGCAAGUUAGAAGAGAAAAGGAAACAACCCCUUUGUCUAGAAUUACUCUUGAUCAGAUACCAAGACAAUUUGACACCGAUUCUGAUGGAGAGAGCGGUGGCGGGCCGAGCACACGUUUAAGAAAAAGAGUCAUAAAAGCACCAUCUAAAGACUUUGGAGUUGCGAUCGAUACAAAACCGAAAAGGAAAACGAAAAUGAAAAAGCAGAAUGAAACCAAGAAAGUGAAGAAAGCUUCUCGUACUGUGGAAGUAAGUGAUGAUGAGGAAGGAGACUUUGUUUGUGAUAUGGAGGGUUGCAAUAUGAGUUUUGACAGUAAACAAGAACUCAUGGUUCACCAAAAGAAUAUUUGUCCGAUUGAGGGAUGUGAGAAGAAAUUCUUUUCACAUAAGUAUCUAGUGCAGCAUAGGCGUGUACACAUGGACGACCGUCCCUUGCAAUGUCCAUGGAAAGGAUGUAAAAUGACAUUUAAAUGGGCUUGGGCUAGAACAGAGCACAUUAGGGUUCACACCGGGGCUCGACCGUAUGCUUGCAUCGAGGAUGGGUGUGGUCAAACAUUCAGGUUUGUGUCUGAUUUUAGCCGGCAUAAAAGGAAAACCGGGCAUUCAGUUAAAAAGCUAGUCGGCGAGACUUGAGAAUAAGGUUUCAGGGAAUGUAACAUGUUGAGAGAGUAAACUGUAACUGUCAUUUCUAAUGAUUAACAAAAUGAUGUAGGUUUUUAGUUUUUCAUUUUUUUUUUCUUUCUUUUAAUUUUUUUAGGAAGGAAUACCCCUUUGUAAUUUAUGCUGAUUAGAAAGAGGUGCAGUGUUAUUCAGUCACUGUUAAAAGGGGGAACCUUCAUUUGGACUCAUGUUAUUCCACUCCAAAUUUAGCCCAUUGCAAAGAGGGAUUAUUGUUUCCUCUUUUCCACACUUCAA